UAACUGUGCGCAAUUGUGUACGUGUUGUAGUCAGUCUACAUGACUUUGCAAAGCAGAGCGCUCUAGCUGACCAGUGUACUGUACAUUUAGGCUUCUUAGUAGGCUAAGUAGCUAAUUUACUGGAUUUAUAAGCAUAGCUUUGCUGUUUCCAAAACUCUCGACUCGUGCAUUUAUUAUAUGAUCAAAACGACGAACAACAACUAAAAUGAUUAGCAGACAAAAUUUAUUAUUGAAUAGUUAGCUAGUAGAACCGUGUAUACGUAUAUAUAUACAGUUGAAAUCGGAACUUUACAUACAUCUUAGCCAAAUACAUUUAAACUCAGUUUUUCCACAAUUCCUGACAUUUAAUCAUAGUAAGAAUUCCCUGUCUUUGGUCAGUAAGGAUCACCACUGUACUUUAAGAAUGUGAAAUGUCAGAAUAAUAGUAGAGAGAUUUUUUAAAUAUUUUUUUUAAUGAUUUAUUUCAGCUUUUACUUCUUUCAUCACAUUCCCAGUGCAUCAGAGGUUUACAUACACUCAAUUAGUAUUUGGUAGCAUUGCCUUUAAAUUGUUUAACUUGAGUCAAACGUUUUGGGUUUCCUUCCACAAGCUUCCCACAAUAAUUUGGGUGAAUUUUGUCCCAUUCCUCCCGACAGAGCUGGUGUAACUGAGUUAGGUUUGUAGGCCUCCUUGCUCGCACACGCUUUUUCAGUUCUGUAAAAAAGUCAGAUCUACAGCUGUUGUAUUCGGCGCAUGUGACAAAUACGAUUUUAUUUGAUUCAAAUGUGGCCAAAAGGACAACCAAAAGUCCAUCACUUAAUACACUCAAUGCUUGGUAAUUUAGCUACCUACGCCAAAAUCCAAGAAUCGUGGCCAGAAAGUAUACACAGAAUGUUUGACAUUAUUGUUCUCUCCCCAUGAUAACAAUAAGCCAGACAAACCCCAUUCCAGGACCUGAGAGACCUAUUGUUAUCAUUAGAGGACUCGGUGAGUGACCAACCCAAUGACGUCAUCAACAAAAAGCUGGGGAGGGAUGACCCACCACCAGAGGGCUUUCUAGGGGGUGGGGGGAGCAGGUUCUCCCUCCACCUGCUGCAGCUACCAGCCAACCUCCAGCCCUGAGCUGGACUCAAGACAGUCAGUCGAGUCCACAUCACAGAGGAGCUCACAGAGCGCGGCCCUGAGCCGACUGGCUGUCAUAGAAAACCGCAUCCGAAAUCGUCAACAGGCCAGGGACGGACCAGCGCUGUUGGCUGAUAGGCGUAUACCAACAGCCCCCCAGGAGAAGGAGAAGCCCCUGCCUGCCCAGUCCAGCAGUGACCUCAGCAUGAAGGGGAAACGCUUCCUGAAGAAGAGAGUGCAUGUAUCACCUGCUGUAGCGCCUAAGGAGAAAGGCCUGGAUCUUGAUGCCACGCCAUAGGGUAGUUCCAAACCCGGUACUUCAAUAAGGGUGGCCAGUAGAGGUGUGACUCUGGACAGUGAUAAGGAGGAUAUGAGGAAACUCCUGGGGGGCUCUUUUGAGUCGCCAGAGUAUAGCCUGCACAAAGAAGCAAGCAAAUCUUCACAGAUGACAACUAGAAAGUUGUUCAUCCAAAGCAGCCAGGUUUCCCCGUCACCUCCACUGGCAGACCGAUCAUCUUCAGUCAGAGCCCAGUCCCGCUCUCCACCCUCUCCUCCGUGCAGCGGAUCACCCAGUCGCUUCUCCAGCCGAGUCCUGGACCAGCGCAGUCCUUUUCUCUCCAUCCGCAGUGCCUCAGUAGUCCUCACUCCAUCACCCUAUCCCCCCUACGCCCCCUCCCCAGGCAGUCAGGGAUCCCCACGGGCCAGGCACCUCAAACCCUCCCGGUCCUCAGUGUCACCCCUCAGUGAGAUGUGCUCCCUGGUCGAGCUCUUCCCUGAGGCCCUGGACGCUCUGGCGGAGCUCUUCUCUGAGGACCUGCCCUCCAAUGAUGUCAUCAGUGAGAGAAGUGGUCUCUGAUGAAUUCAACAUUAAUAUUAUGACACUGGACGACCUCGCACCGGUCACGCUUGGAAUGUCGGAGAAAAAAAAAGAAAAAAGUGUGUGAUAAUGACAGCCAGUGGUACUGGAGGUGUGAGGAGAGGAUCCCAUCAGAAGAGAGUGAGAUAAAGACUGAAACAGACCGGAGUAGUGUCAACGAGAUCUCCGAGCACCUGGGAGACAGAGACGGGGACAAAGAUGCGUUGGGAGGUCAGCGAGGUCAUGGACUACAGCGUCUCAGACACAUCUUGGAGCGACAAGUACUCCAGUGUCUCAGAGAAGGACAAUCAGUCCCACAUCAACCACAGACUACAGUAAAAUCGCUGAUUCAUUCCGUGGCAGCAGGGCUUUCUAUUCCAGGUCAUCUCGCUCCCACUCUGUGGCUGAAACUAUCAUGCCGUCUCAAGUUUUGAAGAGACACUCGCCCAGGUGUGUGAGAGAGGCCCCAGUGCAGACCCAACCAGACUGACUGGCCUUCACCUUGUCCGAGAUGCAGACCCAACCAGACGGACUGGCCUUCACCUUGUCCGAGAUGCAGACCCAACCAGACUGACUGGCCUUCACCUUGUCCGAGAUGCAGACCCAACCAGACGGACUGGCCUUUACCUUGUCCGAGAUGCAGACCCAACCAGACGGACUGGCCUUCACCUUGUCCGAGAUGCAGACCCAACCAGACGGACUGGCCUUCACCUUGUUCGAGAUGCAGACCCAACCAGACGGACUGCCCUUCACCUUGUCCGAGAUGCAGACCCAACCAGACAGACUGGCCUUCACCUUGUCCGAGAUGCAGACCCAACCAGACGGACUGGCCUUCACCUUGUCCGAGAUGCAGACCCAACCAGACGGACUGGCCUUCACCUGGUCCACCGGUAUGGCAGCCCAAGGGCCAGCGGUUGGGAUGGCCAAUGUGGAUCUAACCCAUGGAAAGGCUCAGCUCUUCGUCCUACUGGCCACACCUCUAUUGUCUCUCUCAUCCCCGGCUCUCAGUGCAUACAGCCCUGCUGUGUUUGCACUCAACAUGCUGAGGCAGCAGCUGGCUCUCACCAGACACUUUGUCCAGACCAGCCACCCCCUCCACUCCCUGCAGACUACACAUACACCACCCUGGAGGACACCAAGGAGAUUUGUAGUGGGAUUGAUUUGUUGUAGUUCAUUGGCUGUCACAAGCCUCCCAAACUGACCACGGAGGCGGCCUUGGAGGAGAUUCUUCAGGAAAUGAUGGAGCUCCACUACAUCUGACACUGAGAAUAUAUGGAUACUUUACCAUUCUCUAUUAACAAACAUGUAAUGUGUUGGGGCUUGGGAAAUUACCUAGAUCAAAAAGGACAAUCUAUUCAAAUGUGUCAUACUUUCUAUAGAUGUAUCAGUGGCGACCCCCGUUGAGCACCCCUAUUUUGCAUGUUAUUUUGGCAUUAAUACAGUGUCUCACAUAUGUUUGCAAACAUUGUAAAAAAUAUAUAUCAUUGAGUUAAUAAAGACGCAUACAAACAUGGUCUCUUGUUUUCUUGAGUAAGGCAGCUCCAAAAUGCAGGUGUUUCAGCCUAGCUCAGUGCAUUCUGUGGUGGUGGGUCAAGCCUGAAGAAAAUACGGUGCUUGCGCUGUGAUUGGCUCAGUGUUCUGACACUCAUAGGGACGCUACAAACUUUCGUAAUCUGGGCCAGCAGUCAUCAUGAAUCAAGUCAACAAUCUACUGGCAAAUCAUUUUUAAUCCUUGUCAUAUGAAGAUAAGUUAUAGAUAAAACAUCGGUGCUCAUCGGCAAUUUGACAUCAAUAUUACACAACAAGUUGGAAAUCGCAAAUUCAACAAUGACUGGUUUGGAAGGAAUCAGUGACAGAGGUCCCAAAUCUGUGAUUAAGGGGCUCUUUUCCAAGUUAAAAAUUCUAAACAUUCAACAUUGGCCAUGCUGUCACGGAAGCAUGAUUUGUGCCUUACUCAAAACAACUUAACUCGGCACUGCGACUUCAGUGAGUUCAAGACAGCUGGGAAGUCGGGAAUAAACGAG